AUGCCGCGCCAUAGCAGUGAAUGGGACGUGCACACCACUGCAGAUCUACUCACUGGCUCCCUGCAGCUUGCCAUCGAUUCGCCCACUGGCUCCCCGCUGCUCGCUGCAACCCUGCCAGCCAUUCGCAGUCUCAGGAGGAAGAGGCAAGCUGUGCCCAUGGCUGCCACUUCACCAGACUCGGUAUCUCUGGAGUCCUGCCUAGGAAAAAACCACCACUCCUCCAAGCCUGUCUUCAUCUCUGCCAUGCCUCCAGAGCCCAUCUUUGCCUCUGCUGUGCCUCCAGAGCCCAUCUUUGCCUCUGCUGUGCCUCCAGAGCCCAUCUUUGCCUCUGCUGUGCCUCCAGAGCCUGUCUUUGCCUCUGCUGUGCCUCCAGAGCCUGUCUUUGCCUCUGCUGUGCCUCCAGAGCCUGUCUUUGUCUUUCCUGUACUCCUGGAGGCCAUGCUCCUGGUCCCCAGCCCAGAGAGUGGUGCUACACCCACAGUCCAGGCUCCUGGCCCCGAGAACGCCGCUUUGCCUGAGCCCCAGGCUCCUGGCCCAGGAAGGGCCACAUUACCUGCACCUGGCCCUGUGGCAGCCAUGCCACCCAAACCUGACCCAGGUGUCCUGGCUGCGCCCCUCUCACCUCCAGGCAGACUCCUGCAUGUGUCCUGUUCUGUAAACCUGCGCACGCUCUGUACCCACAUUGCUUAA